AUGAUCUCCAUCUUCUUCACCACUCUCGGCGUGGCAGCACUGUACCUCUUCCAUGUCAACGCCGCCAUGAAACGGGUCCCCGAUGAGGCCCGCAAGUCCUCCCCGCACCGUUGGACAGUCGACGAAGUCAAGGCGGCUUACAAGAAGAUCCUCGAAAAUCCGAUCGAUAUCACAGACACUCUGCCUCCGAAGCAGUCGCGCCGCUAUAUCGUUGUGGGUGGAUCGGGUCUUGUGGGCGGCUGGAUCGUUUCACACCUUCUUGCUCGCGGCGAGGAUCCAGCUUCACUGCGAAUUCUGGAUCUUCUCACACCAACACAAGACAUCCUCGACCUUGGCGUUACCUUUAUCAAGACCAAUAUCACCGACGAACUCGCCGUGUCAACAGCCUUCGAACAACCAUGGCCAACAACCGUGGCCAAUCUGCCUCUAACCGUCUUCCACACUGCAGCCGUCAUUCGUGCCUUUGAGCGUCUAGAGAUCUACCUCCCACUCUGCACAAAGGUCAACGUCGAGGGUACCCAAAUUGUACUCAACGCUUCUAAGAAGUGCGGUGCCACAUGCUUCAUCUCUACUUCCUCUGGCUCAGUGACCUUGCACAAACCGAGUUUCUGGAUUGCGCCGUGGGAGACACUGCCUCGACGGAUUAUGCAGAUCCUGAGUGAUGAUGCGAAGUUACCAGAACGCCAUGAUGAGUUCUUCGGUAACUACGCUGUAUCCAAGAUUGCAGCGGAGCGUCUCGUUCGCUCGGCUGAUGACCCGGCCACUGGAUUCCGAACGGGCUGUAUCAGACCUGCGAAUGGAAUCUAUGGUAUUGGAAGUGAUGCCAGCGCGACAAUUACCGGCUUGUACCUACGCAGUGGCGGAAGUCCAACCUGGGUCCGCCCCGUAAUCCAAAGCUUCGUCAACGCCGAAAACGUCUCCCUAGCACACCUCCUCUACGAAGCCCGUCUCCUCGAACAAUCCUCGCCAAAAAGCAACCUCCCCAACAUCGGCGGCCAAUCCUUCGUAGUAACAGAUCCCAAUCCAGCAAUCUCCUUCACCGACGUCUACACCCUCCUAUCAACCCUCUCCAAGACACCAGUCUCUUUUCCAACCGUCCAACCGCUCCCAUUCCUAUUGCUAUCCUAUCUCGUUGAGGGAUACGCUUACAUCCAAGCCGCGCUGUUGCCGUGGCUUCUGCCCAAAGUGACGGGUGAUUUGUUGCAGAUUCAGCCGUCGCUAUUUGCUAUUACGGAUGUGUUUUGUAUCGCGGAUGAUGAGCGGGCUAGGAGGGGGCCUGAGGAGGGUGGGUUGGGGUAUCGGCCUGUUAUUACGACUUUGGACGGGAUGUGUAAGCAGUUGGUCGAUUGGAAUGCGAAGGCUGAUGCGAUGAAGGUUGCUGAGGUUGCGAGGAAGGUGGAGGGUGGUUCGGUUUCGGUGGGAAAGGAUGGUGUUAAUGUGAAGAUUGUUGCGCCGGAGAAGAAGUUGUGA